CAUUCGAGAUGAUGUAGUUGCCAGCGCACGUGUCCUCAUGUCAUACCGGAUGAUGCUAGAUUUCUACGGCAUGAGGCUUGUCGAUCCAAUUGUAGGGAAGGUAAUUAGAAGUGGGAAUUGGCAAGAACGGUACAAUCACCUAAAUAGAUCGACCCAUAACUACCGACGAAUCACGAGAAUAAUAAAGUCCCUUGGUGAACUUGGCUAUGAGAGAUUCCAGUGCCAGUGGAUCACUUUCUUACUGGAAGAGUCCAUAAUUAACCAAGUUCUUCCGAACUUGAACGGACCCUGCAUGAAACAUUUUAUUGCUGCCAUUAAAGAUGACGUAGAAAAGGAACAAAUGUUCAAAAAUUAUUUCGAACUAGUUAGAAAACCUACGCCUGGACUGUGUGCCAGACCAAGACAAAAUGCUGAUACAAACAAUACAGCAAUUCCAGCUGAGAAAAGAACUCACGAUAAACACGAACUACAUGACGGAAGAGUUCCAAAUGGAGGCGGGGAUUUUAUAGACCAAAAGUUCGAUUUUCAAAAUGAUUCAAAUAUUCCAAGACAAACAAAUGUAACUACAAGUGACAAUGAAGGCGCUGUUGAUUUUGGACCUGCCGCAGACGACAUCGAUGGAAUCAAGGAUAUUCCGUAUAUUGACUGUACAUGUAACGGAAGUGGACAGAAAACUGAAUGCGUCACACAUACUGGGAAUGGAAAAGAUGACUCCAGCGCUGACGGCGGAACAGAUGUGGAUUAUGGUUCGGCAAUAAAUGUUAAACUAUAAUGUUUCCAUCAUUGACUGUGAUAAAAAUUGAUAUAUGUGCAAUGAAAUAAAAUAUUUAAUAAAGACAAGUAGAUCCAGAGAAACGAUGUUCUUGUUACGGUUUCUUGAUUUCAGUAAAUCAGGACAAACGCUUGGUAGACGUG